GUAAAAGGGAGUGGGGGGAGAUAAAGCUCACUCUGCGUUUCUCUGGAAGUUUGUGAUGCCCUGCACUUCAGAACAGACCAUUACCUGGACUUUCAGAUAUGCAGCUCUGCUUCUGGCCAGGGGGUCCAUGUGGUUUGGCCCUUCUGGCAUUUCUGUCUCAUUGUUCUGUCUCAUGUUUGGAAAGACGCUAUCACAUUGCAGCUAUUAAUAUUGACUGGGAUUACACGUCUGAUGUACAGCAAGGGGCUAUACCAACAUAUAGAAAAAUUGUAUACAGGGAGUAUGAUGCAGGAUUUACAAAGGCUAAAGCACAACCCUUGUCCUCAGGGCUACUUGGGCCAACGUUGCGUGGACAAGAGGGCGACACAAUUGUUGUUACAUUUAGGAACAUGGCCGAUCGUCCUUGCAGCAUCCACCCACACGGCAUUGCUUACGGAAAGCAGUCAGAGGGAGCUUUAUACUUUGACAACACUUCACUGUAUGAGAAAGAGGAUGAUGUCAUUUUGCCUGGAAAAGAGCACACGUACUAUUGGGAGGUAACAUCUGAGGUGGCUCCUCUGGCUGCGGACCCCCCAUGCAUCACCUACACGUAUCUCUCCCACAUAGACAUCGUCAAAGACUUCAACACAGGGUUGAUUGGAACAAUGCUGAUCUGCAAGAAAGGUGCGCUAGAUGACUCUGGAAAUCAGACUCAUUUCCAUCAGGAGGCUGUGCUGUUGUUUGGUGUGUUUGAUGAAAACAAGAGCUGGUACAGCACUGGCGGCCCUCCACAAGCACAGAACGUGAAAUACACCAUCAAUGGCUAUACAAAUGGAUCUGUACCUGAUCUUGGCAUCUGUGCUCACUCUAAAGUCAGCUGGCACCUGCUGGGUAUGAGUUCAGAGCCAGAGCUCUUCUCUGUGCACUUCAAUGGUCAAGUUCUUUUGCAAUAUGGACACAAAACCUCAGCCGUUGGCAUUAUUAGUGGCACUGCCACUAGUGCCAGUAUGAAUGCUGUCCACCCCGGCCGCUGGCUUUUCUCCUCUUACAUUAGCAAGCACUUGGAAGCUGGUUUGCACGGUUACCUGAAUAUUACGACAUGUGAGAAGUUCCCAGCACCUAAAAGAAGGUUAACCAUCCAAGAGAGGGCGGAAAGUCAAGAGUGGACUUAUUUUAUAGCAGCAGAAGAGAUCAUCUGGGAUUAUGCACCGAAUAUGCCAGAAAACAUGGACGGGGAUUUCCGCUUGAAAUAUUUAAAGCAGGGACCUCAUCGCAUAGGUAAAAAAUACAAAAAAGCUGUGUUUACACAGUACAAAGACGGCACAUUUAAAGAAAGAGCAGAAGAUAAGAAAAGAAAAAAGGAACUUGGCAUUCUGGGCCCUGUGAUAAGAGCACAAAUCAGAGAUGUCAUAAAGAUUGUCUUUAAAAAUAAAGCAUCGCGUCCAUAUAGCAUCUAUCCUCAUGGACUGACCAUUGAUAAAUCAGCAGAAGGAGCCAGUUAUCCGGAGGGAGGGAACCAGACGCAUGGCAUCCAGCCUGGAGAGACCUACACAUAUGUAUGGAAUGUGGGGGAGGAGGAUGUGCCAACAGAUAGUGACUCAAGGUGUCUUACAAGGAUGUACCACAGUGCAGUCGAUACACCUAGAGACAUUGCUUCUGGUCUUGUAGGUCCUCUGCUGAUAUGUAAGAGUCAGUCUCUCAACAAAAAGAAUGUCCAGCUAAAAGCAGACAAAGAACAACAUGCCAUGUUUUCAGUUUUUGAUGAGAACAAGAGUUGGUACAUUGAAGAGAAUAUCAACAACUACAGUAAUGAUCCUACAAAGGUCAAAAGAGAAGAUCCAGAAUUCAGCCAAUCAAAUGUUAUGCAUACAAUCAAUGGUUACGUGUAUGAAAGUGGCCAAGAACUGGGAUUUUGUCAUGGUGAAAUUGUGACGUGGCAUGUGUCCAGUGUUGGGGAACAGGAUUAUAUCCAGACCGCAACCUUUUAUGGACAUACGUUUGAGCUGAAAAACAGGGAAGAGGACAUGCUUGCUCUCUUUCCCAUGACUGGAGAAACUAUCAGUAUGAACAUGGUUAAUAUAGGUCUUUGGCUUUUAGCCUCCAUGAACUCUCACGAUUCCAAUAAAGGAAUGAGGGUGAAAUUCAAGGAUGUCGAAUGCUUCAGAGAUUACGUCAUGGAAUACGAUUAUGACAUACCCGAUAAAUUCACCGUAUUGAAACCUCAACCCAUCAAUGAAAUUUUUAAAGAAACAGCAAAGCCAACAAACCCUAAGGAGGUUGACGAAGAUACCGACUACUUUGCUGGGCUUCUUGGCAUUAGGUCGUUUAGAAACCAGAACUCGGCUGUUAAUUCAUCCAUUAAUGAAACCACAAAAGAAACAGCAAACUCAAUAAACCCCAAUGUGGACGACGGAGAAACUGAAUACUUUGCUGAUCUUCUUGGUCUGAGAACGUUAACAAAUCAGGAUGUUGAGCCGCUGGAUCUUUCGUUUCUAGAUCAUGAUGAUGGUUUCUUUCCAACUGCUGAGGAAAAGGAUAAAUCACAUAGUGCUACUUCAGCCACCUCCAAUCAGACUGUUACUCCUCAUUUAUCAGUUUAUUCGGCUGGUUUGGAUAAGUCACAUAUUUCAAUUCAAAGUAUUACGAAUGAAAGCACAGCAGAUGCAUCACAAUACAUGACCAGUUCUUUUGAUUCUGAAUCAGAGAUCAUGGCAAGCAAUGGCACAGACAGCAUUGAAUCAAAAGUAAAGCGAAACAUUGCAACAAAUGCAAUUUAUCUUCCACCAAUUGUCCGAAAUGCCUCUUUAGCAAUUUCAUCAUUCAGUUUUUAUGAAAAUGUAUCACUGGAGAUGGUGAAUGAAACAGACAGUGUUUCUACUAAUACUACUCAUCUUCCAAAUAAUCUAAAUAAUGCCUCUUUAGCAAUUUCAUCAUUCAGUCUUUAUGAAAAUGUAUCACUGGAGAUGGUGAAUGAAACAGACAGUGUUUCUACUUAUACUACUCAUCUUCCAAAUAACCUAAAUAAUGCCUCUUUAGCAAUUUCAUCAUUCAGUCUUUAUGAAAAUGUAUCACUGGAGAUGGUGAAUGAAACAGACAGUGUUUCUAGUAAUACUACUCAUCUUCCAAAUAACCUAAAUAAUGCCUCUUUAGCAAUUUCAUCAUUCAGUCUUUAUGAAAAUGUAUCACUGGAGAUGGUGAAUGAAACAGACAGUGUUUCUACUUAUACUACUCAUCUUCCAAAUAACCUAAAUAAUGCCUCUUUAGCAAUUUCAUCAUUCAGUCUUUAUGAAAAUGUAUCACUGGAGAUGGUGAAUGAAACAGACAGUGUUUUUACUAAUACCACUCAUCUUCCAAAUAAUCUGAGAAACACAACGCUGGUAGAACCAAUGAAUGAAACACACAGAGUCUACUUGAACACCAGUGAUGGUAAGAGAAACAUCACCAUAGAUGAUGGUGGCAGAUCUUUGGAUUCAACUGAAGAAAAAUUAUUCAACCUAUCCUCAGAACAUUUUAAGUUAAAUAAAACAGAUGUAAAUAGCACAGAAAUUGCAGAUGUUAAUAGUGAUGCUUCAGGCCACAUCUUCACUUACCAUGUUCCUAGUUCUGACUCUCUCUCCAACGCCUCAGAACCAGCAGAGUAUUUUCUGCUACUAGAUAAUCAGCAAACGUUGGAAAAUUCCAUGGACGAUACCUCACCUACGUUUCUCAAGAACACCACAAUAGAGCUUUUUGAGAACACUGUUGAUCCAACUGCAAACAAAACAGGCAUUGAGGAACUCGGGACCACACGGGGGAAUGAUUCCAAUGUGGUUUAUUCUCUGAUGAACUCACUUGAGAGCACUUUUUCUACACCUUACCUCAAUGUUUCCAUGCCAUCCAGAGACAGCCUUGUCAGACCGAACACAACUUCAUCAAAAAUUCAUGAAAUGUUGGAAUCUACUAGUGAAAUUCUCAAUAAUGCAUCAUUGCUCUUCCAGGUAGACAAUAUGAAUAUUUCCGUCAAUGUUUCAUAUACGAACAGCUCAGAAAGUAUUACUGAAGAUAGUUUCGAAGAAGUGGUCAUCUAUCUGAAAAACAACCACAGUGAGGCUUUACUCAGCUCUCCACUCAACCCAGAUGAAGAACACUGGGGUUAUGAGAGCACACAUAAACUGGUUCCUAUGGAAAUCCCUGAUCAUGUAAAGAAAUACAUCACAGAUGAGCCGGAAGCAACAACAAAUAUUGAAGCCCAAAAUCCAAAAAAGAAAAAAAAGGUAGUUCACAAGCCAGUGAAGCCCAGAAAGGGUCAUGCCAUGAAGACAAAGAAGAGGAAAGAGUAUAAGCCACAAGCCCUUUCUGAGAUGUCUUCAUUGGGUCCGUCUCCACGAGGAUUUGGACCUGCCGUUUUCAGUCCAAGGGGAACCAGACCUGUUUCAAGUGAGGAGGACCUGUUGAGCAAGCCCAUUGUCAUAGGAGUGCCAAGACGGGAAUUCAACGAUUAUGAAUUAUAUGUUCCAAAAGAAGAGCAAGAAAAUGAAGUUGGUUUUCCUGAAAAGACAGAAGAAUAUGAAUUUGUGGAGUACAUGGAUCCUUAUAGGAAAUCGGUAAAUUUUCAGAACACGCUGUUUGAUACGACAUCUCAGCAUUUCUUAAAGAAGGCUGAGGACAAGGAUACCAGGACCUAUUAUAUCGCAGCAGAGGAGGAGGAAUGGGAUUAUGCUGGCUAUGGCCAAAGGAGGCUUUAUAAAUCAAAUCUAAAUGAGAGGCCCAUGUCUUUUAAAAAAGUGGUGUUCAGGAAGUACUUGGACAUCACUUUCAGCAUCCGCGACAUCCGGGGAGAAAUGGACGAACAUUUGGGUAUUCUGGGUCCGGUCAUUAAAGCUGAAGUUGAUCAGACUAUUAUGAUAUUUUUCAGGAACCGUGCAAGUCGUCCAUACUCUAUGCAUGCAAAUGGAGUGACAUAUCUAAAACAAAUGGAAGGUCUGGGUUACGACGAUCAGUCGCCUUACUGGUACAAGCUAGACGAUGCAGUUCAACCCAACAGCUCUUUUGUCUACAUGUGGACUAUAAAUCCCAAAUCUGGACCACAAAACAAUGAAUCUGACUGUCGAACAUGGACAUACUACUCUGGAGUAAACCCUGAGAGAGAUAUCAACUCUGGGCUGAUUGGACCUCUUCUUAUCUGUAGAAAGGGAACAUUGGUUAAACCAGCUAUGGAUAGAAGAGAGUUUGUCCUUCUCUUUAUGACCUUUAAUGAGAACAAUAGCUGGUACUACGAGGAGAACCAGGCGAGAAUCGAGAGGAAAAACAAAAGAACAGCCCUGGAUCCAAACUUCCAUGACAAUUUAAAAUUUGACGCCAUCAAUGGUAUUAUCUACAGCCUCAAAGGACUCCGGAUGUACACCAAUCAGGUAGCCAAGUGGCACCUCAUCAACAUGGGCUCCCCUAAAGACCUCCACAGUGUCCACUUUCAUGGUCAAACGUUCAUAAAUAAGGAAUUAAGGGACUACCGUCAGGGUGUUUACCCACUUUUACCAGGUGGAUUUGCUACACUAGAGAUGUUGCCCUCAAAGCCUGGUCUCUGGCAGCUGGAGUCUGAGGUCGGACUCUCGCAGGAGAGAGGAAUGCAGACGCUAUUUCUUGUGUUAGAUAACGUCUGUGAUCACCCACUCGGUCUCAUCUCUGGUACUGUGAAAGACAAACAGAUUACAGCAUCUGACCACACAGGACAAUGGUAUCCUCACUUGGCUAGACUACGUAACACAGGGAUAUACAAUGCAUGGAGUACAACAAAGACGGCACAGUAUAUUCAGGUGGACUUCCAGAGGCCGGUGGUGAUCAGUAAAGUCGCCACGCAAGGAGCCAAGCAUUUCAUGAUUUCGAACUUUGUGCUUAACUACACCAUUUCCUACAGCACAGACAAAAAUAAGUGGUUCUUCUAUAAGGGGGACAGCGAUGCUGUCAGAAAGAUUUUUGAAGGAAACAACGAGGCUCAUGUGGAGAAGGAGAAUAUAUUUUUCCCACCUUUGAUUGGUCGAUAUGUGAGGCUGCAUCCUUUACAAUCGUACAACAGUCCAACUGUUCGUUUGGAGUACUUCGGCUGUGAGCUUGAUGGUUGCUCUGUGCCAAUUGGAAUGCAAAGUGGCAUUAUUAAAGACAAUCAGAUCACGGCAAGUUCUGUGGCUUCAAGUUGGCACUCAGGACCGUGGCAUCCCUGGUACGCACGCUUGAAUAAACAAGGAACCAUUAAUGCCUGGCAAGCCAAGAAUAAUGACAUGCAGCAAUGGAUCCAAGUGACACUCCCGGUUGUGAAGAAGAUAACUGGGAUUAUAACACAGGGGGCCAAAUCAUUCAGGACAGAGAUGUUUGUGGAGGAAUUUACUCUAGAGUACAGUGAUGAUGGCAGGAGAUGGACAAAGUACACUGAUGAUAAGGAUUAUGCGCAAACGACUUUUAAAGGCAACACCAACAACAAUGGCCAGGUGAAAAACUACAUCUUCCCACCGAUAUUUUCCAGAUUCAUCCGGGUUGUUCCCAAACAAUGGAAGAGCUCUAUCACUAUGAGGAUUGAACUGCUUGGCUGUGAUGAAUAAAUACUGUGUCCUCUUUCACUGAAAUUACAAUAUUUUAUAUUUCGUUUGCGUGGAUCAACUUUAUUAAAUACAUUUAUUUUAAAUGUCAUACAUGAACGUAUAACUGUACUCAGAGUUAAAAUGGUUUUACACGAGUUAUAAGGGAUUUUAUAAAAGCGCGACACCUAGUGUUUGUAACGUGUAUGUCAACCCAGUCAAAUAUUUUUAAACGUAAUGUAAAGCGUCAAUCCUUUUCAAAUGUGUCGCUCACAUUGAGCAAACCAAUGAGAGUUGAUAUCUUGAUAUAAAUAAAAUAAAUCUAAAUAUCUAAGUUA